AUGCCCAAGGUGCCUCAUUCCUGGGCAGACCGGGGCGGUGGGUGCUGGAAAGACACCCCUCCGCUUGCGGCUCCGCAGAGUCCCGAGCGCGGAAAAGCAGCGCCAAGCCCGAGGGACCAGCCCAGCAGGAAAGUAAGGGGGCAAGGAGGCCCUUGCCCAAACUGGCGGCCCGACCAGACCCGGGCUCCUGGCUCUUCAGCCCUGGACUGGGAGAGGGGAGGAGCCUGCAGUGAGCUCUGGUUCUGGCCCUCGCCCGGGGCCCGGUCCCGUGCUGCUGCACCUCCCCCUCUCCGUGGCCGGGCCCUGGGUCGCGACCGAGCCCUGGCAGAGCCAAGAACUGGCGUUCUGCGGCUCCUCCGGGUUCCAGGAGGAGGAGGAGAGGGCUCAAGGGACCGUCUGUCGCGGGACGGGCUGGCCAGCUGGGGCGCAGAGCCGGGAGGAGGAGGCAGCCACAGCAGCAACAGCGCUCUUAGCAGCGGCAGCAGCGGCGGCAGUGGCAGCAGCAGCAGCAGUAACGGCAGAAACAAGCACCAGCCACACAGCGGCUCCUCCAGCCGGAGCAGCCACAGUCACCCGGCCGUGAUGGCGCUGCCAGAGCUGCAAAACCCUGAGAGCGAGGAAGCCAAGGGGCCCUGGCAGGAGGCAGACCAGGUACAGCAGGAGCCGGUGGGUAGCCCGGAGCCCGAGUCUGUGCCCCUGUCCGAACCCCAGCCGGAGCCCCAGUCAGAGCCCCAGCCCCUACCGGACCCCGCACCCCUGCCGGAGCUGGAGUUUGAGCCAGAGCCUGUGCACGAACCCGAGGCCACGCUCACUGUGGAGACCCGCGGCACCGCGCGUGGCUUCCAGCCCCCCGAGGGUGGCUUCGGCUGGAUGGUGGUCUUCGCUGCCACCUGGUGCAAUGGCUCCAUCUUCGGCAUCCAGAACUCGUUUGGGAUUCUCUACUCCAUGCUACUGCAGGAGGAAAGAGAGAAAAAUCGCCAAGUGGAGUUCCAAGCAGAGUCCUUUAUGAGAGGAUAAAGGACAGAAAAAGCAGAGAGAAACACCCAGAGAAGU